AUGCUGAGCUCUCUGUCAGGGGCGUUGCGCCAGGCGGGCUCAUGCGCUGGCGACCAGCUGCUGGGGCGACGGCGGCAGCAGCUGCCGCCAGCGGGCUGGCCCCCGACCCCCUGCCAGCGUCGCCGCCUAGUUUACGCCUCUGGCAGCAGCAGCGCAGGGGAUGCGGGCAGACGAGGCCACCAACAGCAGAAGAAGCUCACCAUCCUGCACUUCAAUGACGUGUACAACAUCGAGCAGCGGGGCAUCGAGCCGGUGGGCGGGGCGGCGCGCUUUGCCUCCGCCAUGCGCCAGUUCCGCCACGAGCAGCCGCUGGUGCUGUUCAGCGGCGACUGCCUCAACCCCUCGCUGACGAGCGCUUUCACCCGGGGGGAGCAGAUGGUGCCCAUCUUGAAUGCCUUGGGCGUGCAGGCGGCGGCGGUGGGGAAUCAUGACUUCGACUUUGGCAUCCCCACGCUGCAGAAGCACAUGCAGAGCUUCCGCUUCCCGUGGCUGCUCAGCAACGUGCUCGAUGCACACACCGGCAAGCCGCUGGGCGGCGCGGAGCGCUCCCGCAUGGUCACCUGGCAGGGAGUCAAAGUGGGCCUCAUGGGGCUGGUGGAGCGGGAGUGGCUGCUGACCAUCCCCAGUGUGGAGGAAAGCGACAUCCACUUCCUGGACUUCUGCUGCGAGGGGCGCCAGCUGGCGGCUGAGCUGGCGGCGGACGGCGCGGAACUCAUCGUGGCGCUGACCCACAUGCGCACGCCCAACGAUCUGGUGCUGGCAGCUGAAGUGCCGGAGAUCCAGCUGGUGCUUGGGGGCCACGACCAUCACUGGGAGGCCACUGUGUCCCGCCCUCACGGCACCCUGGUGCUCAAGUCUGGCACCGACUUCCGGGAGUUCAGCGUGCUCCGCCUGGCGGUGCCCGCCAGCCUGCAAGAUCGGCCCCCGGUGGAGUGGGAGCGUGUGGAGAUCACCUCGGCGGUACCGGAGGAUGCUGAGGUGGCGGCCAUCGUGCGCAAGUACCAAGACGUCAUCGGCACCAAGAUGGACGAGCCCAUGGGGUGGAGCCACACCGACCUGGAUGCCCGCUUCGACACGGUGCGCCGCUCGGAGUCCAACCUGGGCUCCCUCUUUGCCGACGUCAUGCGCAUCUCGCUGGGGGCAGACGCCGCUUUCUUCAACGGAGGCACCAUCCGCUCGGACCAGAUGCACGCCGCGGGGCAGCUGCUGAUGCGUGACUUUGUGUCCAUGCUGCCUUUCACUGAUGACCUGGUGCUGCUGGAGCUCAGCGGAGAGGGGCUGGUGCAGGUGCUGGAGACGGGGGUAGGCGGCCUGCCCGCCUUGGAGGGCCGAUUCCUGCAGGUGUCUGGCAUCUGCUUUUCGUUCGACGUGGACCAGCCGGCGGGCAGCCGCGUGGCGCCUGGCAGCGUGGAGGUGGCGGGAGAGCCGCUGGAUCUGAACCGCAAGUACAAGGCGAGCAGUACGCUUUGGAGCUGCUGGUUGCAACUCAUGGUGGCCACCAAGGCGUACCUGCGCGGUGGCAAGGAUGGCUUUGAGAGCUUGAAGACGUCUGCCGUGCUGGUGGAUGGCGAGACCAACCCCCGACUGGCCACGCUUGUGCAGUAUCUGUGGAUGCGAGUCGAGCAGCUGAACGAGCAGCUGGCAGAAGAGUGGGCCCGCAUGGUGCAGCGCGAGCAGCAGCAGCGGACAGCGGGCGGCGAGGAAGAGGAGCAGGCAGAGGUGCUUGAUGAGGCAGCUGCAGGAGCGCAGCAGGGCGGCAACGGCAGCCGCGCGAGAGCGCAGCAGAAUGCUCUUGCCACCGUCGCAAGCAGCAGCAACGGCAGCAGCAACGGCAGCGCCGCAGCGGCAACAGAGCCUGCUAUGCCGGCAACAGCUGUAGCGUCUGUUGACGCAGUGUAUUCGCCCGGCGCGCCCAUGAGCGGAACAGCAACGGGCGGCCCCGGCAGCAUCCCGUUUGCCGCGGAGCAGCACGUGCACGAGGUCAGCAGCACCGGCGCCGCCAUCAGCCUGGCGCUGCUGCUGCAGCAGCGCAGCGAGCAGCAGCUGGAGCAGGGCAGCAACGGCGGUGACAGCAGCGGGGAGAGCGCGGGCGAGGAGCCGUGGGUGUCGCUGCUUGACAAUGAGCAGCAGGCCCACUCCAGCGCCGCUCUGUCAGCCCUGGCCUACUUGGAGCCCUGUGCACACGGCCUGGACGAGCUCAUCGUGUUUGAUGCGGUCAAGCGCCGCUUCGGCAUCGCCCCAAGGGUAGAGGGGCGCAUCCGCAAUGUUGCACCAUCGGCGGGCGACAUGUAG